CUGUCAUUGAACAUUUUACGAUGUCUUCCAAAGUUAUUAUGACCACAAGGAAAAAUGUUUGCUUUGUUUUCUACUCCAUUGAAAUUUAAUCCAGGUACUACUAAUACAAUUAUGGCUGUUUAAGAGGACUUCUGAUGAUGGCUGCCCUGUGAUGGGCAUCCAUUAGUUUGGCUGGUAUCCAGCCACAUAUCAAGGCAGCUGAAAGCCGAGGGUCAGCCAACUGAUAACCAGACACAGCAUCAGAUGGGAAGAAAAGGUCUCGACAUUGCAAGGAUAACACUCAUUGUCAUAUUGAUAUGAAAUAGAACAAUAUAAACAACAGAUUUAACAAAAAGAAAAUAAAUUGUCACAUCAGAUCACUUGUUAGUUUUGAAGACAUCUGCAAAAUGCCAGGAUAUGAGCCAGAAUGUGGUCCAAAAUGUCGGUCACGACAGCAUGCUCUGGAGUUUCUUUGUGCUAUUACAAAGGGCAGUCUGCUGGAAGUCCAGGCCUACAGCAAGAUGUGUUACUCUGCCACUCAGUUCAGUGACAACUAUGGACGAUGGCCACUCCAUGUUGCUGCAGCCUGCGGUAAAAUAGACAUUGUUGAAUGGUUGUUAAAUGAAAAGCAUGGUGACCUGACCUCCAAGGACUUGGAGUCAGGCUGGACAGCAUUACAUCGGGCAGCAUUCUAUGGCCAUCUCUCUACCAUUCGACUUCUACUCCAGUAUAACAGUGACAUGUACACCAGAGACCAUGAAGGACUAGGACCUCUGGACUUGUUGUCCAAGGAUCGACCAGAUUAUGUGUCCUUUUCAUCCACAGAUCCAACUGAAACUUUCACAUGGGGAGAUAACUCAAACAUUACCCUUGGACAUUCUAGCGAAAAUCGACGAUCCUAUCCAGAAGCUGUGGAGAUUUUCAGAAAGCAAAACAUCAUCAUUAAAAAUGUGGUCCUCUGUAAGUAUCAUACAGUGUUCCUAACUACAACGGGUCUGGUUUACACCUGUGGACAUGGCCAAGGAGGCCGACUCGGCCAUGGGGAUGAGGAAACUUGUGUUGUACCAAAGCUAGUCGAAGCCAUCAAGGAUGAAGUUUGUAUUCAAGUUGCAGCAGGACAAGAUCACACAGUUCUUUUGAUGCAAAGUGGUGCUGUGUUCACCUGUGGAAUGAAUGACAACCACCAGCUUGGUCAGUUCCCUAUACCUUCUACUGGGAAAAGUUUGAUUCCCAAGCAGGUAACAACAAAGAGUCACAAGGGUAAGCGGAUACUGAGUGUUUGUGCAGGUCGCUUCCACACAGCCAUGUUCACUUCUGAUUCUGUCUUCACUUUUGGACUUAAUGCUGGACAACUCGGUCACUCGAAGGGCACUGAGAAGCAGAGCCAGCCCAGACAGGUUGCUUCCCUCAAUCACAGUGAUGUAGUGAUAAACUUGACAGCAAGUUCUGAUGCUGCCAUUGUUAUUCUCACAGGCAAAGGUGACCUGUAUGUCUUACACGAGUACCAGUGUAGGAAAAUAGCCUCAAAGUUACAAGACAUCACUAAAUUGUUAGUGUCUGGAGGAAAUCUUGACCAUAACACUGACCUAGAUAUCAUCCAGGAGAAAGGAGGAUCUGAGCUAAUGGUUGUUCUACUCAGUGAAUCGGGAAAUGUGUUGAUAUGGCGAGCAUCACUGCCUAAACUGAGACAGUGUCAAUGGCGCAUACGUCAUCAGCUGAUCAUUAAGGAUAUGAGUCUCAGUAGGUCUUCAAUAGGAAUCAUCACAGACAAAGGCGAGGGCUUUCUGGGGACUAUUGCUGCAGCAAAACCCACAAGUGUUAAAGACACCAUUCAACAGCAUUCCAGAACUAAAGGUGAGCGAGGUCGUGGCCAUGGAGACCAUCGUCCUGAUGAAUUUAACAUGAGCUUGCUUGACUUGAUGCUGAAAGAUGGAGAUGAGGAGGUACAGAUCCACCGUAUCCCACACAUCCAUCGUGGACUCACUAUUCAAAGUGACAUAAAGGGCCGUAACUAUGCUGUACAGCAGGCACAAGUGAACCUGUGUAUCACAGAUGUUCCCUGCCUCAGUACUUCAACAUUCAUAGAAAACUUUACAGGACUUCUGGAGGAAGCAGAUGAAUAUGAUUUGAUUCAUGACAUUAUUAUACAGGCAGGAGGGCACACAUGGCCAGCCCAUAAGUACAUCCUACUAAGCAGGAGUGACUACUUCAACAAGCUCAUGGCCGAGUGCAAGAAGAAAGACUCAUUGACCAGUCAUCAGGUUAUUCAGAUCAAUGACAUCCAUCCAGAAAUCUUUGAGCAGUUACUAACCUUCCUUUACACUGACUCCUGUAGCCUCCUUAUCCCAGGGACCAAGUUUGACUUGAGUCCAUGGACUGCCCCACCCCAGGGCCAGGGGGAUGGCUUAGAUCACAGGAAUGAGGUGGAGAAGAGAAACAGUCCUGAUAUUUAUUUCUCCAAGUCAGAGAAAGAGAUGUCAGCCUUUGAGGUUCAUCAGAAAAGGAAAAGUACCAGUAAGGAAACUAAAGAUAACGGCAAUAAAGCCAAAACUAAAAACCCUGUCAGGAUGUUGAUGGACGCCGCCAAAAAAUUUGGAAUUAAAGGAUUGGGGAAGAGAUUGGAGACUGUGAAGUAUGUAAAUGGAGGAAUUGAACUAGCCAAGAAACAUUCUACUUUACCAAAGAUGAAGUUUGACCGACAGAGACUGCGUGAUAUGUAUGAUGUUAGUAUCCAGUCAGAAGAUAACACUGUGAUACACUGUCACAAGUGUGUGUUAGUUGCCAGACUGGAGUACUUCCACAGCAUGCUAGGCAGUGGCUGGAUUGAGACAUCCAACACGACCUCUCUGUCACUACCUGUUCCUGGAGACAUAUUGGAAAUACUUAUAGACUUUCUGUACACAGACACAUCCCAAGUAGUUGAAGAGUGUGACAAUGCUGAGUUCCUGUGUAACAUUCUGGUGUCAGCUGAUCAGUUGUUGAUUACACGGCUAAAGGAGAUGUGUGAGGUGUCCAUCGCCACACUCAUAAACUUGAAGAAUGUGGCAGAGAUCCUUGAGUUUGCCUGUGUGUACAACGCUCAGCAACUGCAGGCUGUUUGUCAGGAAUUCAUCGUUAUCAACCUGGCAGCCAUGUUUGAGGGCAGACACCUUGAUGUUCUGAGUGACGAUGUCCUGGCUGGUCUAACUGUCUACUAUCACAACAAGACUAAGGCCAUGUCACGACGUAUCAUUACACCAUACUUUGACGGCCCUAGCAAGGACUUCCUUGAGUGUUUGGCAGCAGACAUGGACAGUGAAGGUCCUACAUUGACUAAUGAGGGCAGUCAAAAGAAGAACAAGUCAAAAAAGAGGAGAAGCCGUCAGAAAAGCUUAAGUGAGGAUUUGGAAAAGACAGCUCAAAUUAGAUCACAGAAACGUGAUCGACAGAUAUCAGUUAGCUCAGAUCAUAGUGUUAAGUCUGAGGAGGAAAGCUUGGAUAACAUCCUGAACUUACUGGCCUCUAGUCCUGGCAGUGGGGAACCUCUACAGUGUCAAGUAGCAGAGAACCAAACAGAAAAACAGGUGGUUGAGAAGAUUUUACCAACAGAAGAAGUGUUGACAAGGAAAAAUAAACAGAGAUCUAAUAGUAGUCAGAAACCAUUAACAAUAAGUCUGACGUCAAGGUCACAUGACCGCUUUCCUGUGGCUUCAACAACUGCGGUGACGUCCCCAGAACAUCAAUCAUCAAUAGCCUGGCAGAAGUCUCCUACACCACACAAAUCUCCUAUUCCACAGAAUACCACCACCCCAAAAGUACAGCCUGUCCCAACCAUAGAUACGACUUGCUCCAGAGGUUCAAGUUCAGCUCUCAGUUUGCGUGAAAUAAUGGAAGAAGAAAAUAGGAGGAUUAAAAGUCCAGCCAAGAGCAGCUCCAAAUUUUCAUGGAAGGAAGCUAAGAAACAACAGAAAGCUGUGGCAGUUAACAGUAGUAGUCAGCCAUUGAAGGGAAGUAAUCCAGCAGAACCCCAAACUCCACAGACACCCAACAAAUCAACAUGUCCAUGGGGUGAUGUGAAUACUACUGUAAAAUCCUUCAGAGAUUUGAUGUCUGAGGACAGCAGUAAAGCAGUCAAACAACCCUUGCCAACUAAACAGACCAUCCAGUCAGCCCUUGUAACUCACAAAGGAUUCAAACCCAAACCCACAGUCAGUUGGGGAAUACCAACAAGUCAUGUCCGAGAGGAGGGACCACAGAGUGACCCUGUAUGGGAAGAACCUCCAAGCCCAAGGAGUCCAGACAAUCCCUGGACUAAAAAGGUCAUGACCAGCCCCUCCCCCGGCGAUUCUGUGUGCUUCACUGAUAUUGUCAAGGAUGAACAACAGAUGACUGAGACCCUGGCUAAGGCAGCCAAGAAACCCCUCAGUCUGAUACAAAUGGAGGAACAAGCUAUUCAGGAGCUGUUGGUACACUACAGAGCUGCAGACAAUUUGGAUGAACAGAUAACAGUUGAAAGAGUCAUGCAGCAAAUGGCAACACCUCUGUGGAAAAAGUCAGCAAAGAAUUUCAUCACUAGUUAAUUAUUACUGUUGGUGAAAAUGUCAUCAGACUGCCGAAAAACGUAGCCAAAAUCAAGAUUUCUGUCAUAAGAUUGACUUUUGAAGCCAUGAUAGGUACUGACUAAAAGUGAAGAUGAAUACAGGCACAAAAUAUACACAUGUAUUGCAACUACAAAAUUUAUACUUUAGAAUAGACAUGUAAUUUUUUUCCCAGUGUUCAUAUGGUGCAGGAAAACAUCAUCAAAUUGUUGUGUUCAUUUGUGACCUAAACACCUCAUAUAUCAACAUUACCUUAUAUUUAGAGAUCACCGUACUUAUAAAUCAAGAACACACGACAGCAGAAGUAAGCAAAAAAGUAUAUGUAAUGUGUUUUGAGCAAAAGACAAAAAAUUACCGUUCAGAGAAAGGUAUUCAGCAAUGUUCAAACAAAAAUGACCCACGUCAUACUCACAUGUUGAUAUUUAAACCUUGUGCAUUCUUCUCUAUGUAGCAAGGAGUAAGAAUAGCUCCUGGUGCUUAACAUAUUUUUGUAGACUUAGAUGUCUGGCUUCCUGUCAGCUGUUGACUUGUGUGUGGGAAUACCAGCUUUAUGAUUGUGUGUAGGUUUGAUGUGUGUUUGAGAUGACUGCAACAAUAAGUGUUGAAAGGUUUGCUUUGUAUAGGAGACUGGCAGGUUCAUGUGUAUGUAGAUUUGAUGUAUGGUUUAGGUGAAUGCCAAGGUGAGUGUUUGAAGGUUGGAUGCAUUUAGCAGAGAAGCAUACUAGAGGUUUCAAUGCAAAUGAAAUAAUGAAAGGAGAAAAUUUAUCUAGAAAUAUUAGUUAUGUAUUUAUGUUAGUAUUCAGAAUUUACAUCAGGAAUGCUUAAUGGAUUUAAGAUACUUACAUACAGCAUCCUAUUCAAGAAUUAUCAUCAACCAGUUCAAACCCCCCGAGUUUGAUUUAUAUCAGCAUUUGAAAAAGAAUUUGUACACAAUCUGUGGUAAUUGAUAUAUAGUGUAUUCCUUUAAAAACACAUUGUUAAAAAACACUAAAGUGAAUAUUUCACUAGUGACCUCCUGAAGAUAGGGCAUAUUUGUUUCAGGAUCAAAUUAGAGCAAGAAAGAAUGUAAUGAAAAUAUGAAAGUGUCAUACAUGUUUCCUUAUCUUCAUCAUAUACUACUUAAUGUGUGUUUGAUAGUGUGGACAUAAGUUUCUUCAGAAUAAGGAAACCGUAUCAUUAAAAGCAUUGCUGAUUGUUUUUUGCCAGUAAGGAAAUAUGUAUUUUGCAGAACAUGUAUCAAAAGUCACCAAAAAAGUAUUCAUUGAAGGGUUUUAUGGAAAGUGCUACUAUAUUGACCUUGUUUUAGUUCAUAUUUUUAUUCUUGUUGAUAUUAUUUUACACUGUUUUUGCUGAUGAUGAUGUAAAUAUUAAUUUACAUAAAGUUUGCUGAUAAUGUAAAUAAUGUUAGUAUUUAUUAUACAUGUACCUUGUUUUUAUUAUUGUUAAAUAGUGUUAGUGGUUAUCUCCCCUUCAUUAUUGUCUCUUGGUGGAGUCGAAUUCUGGUGAUAGGUAAAUUCGCGGGGCACCUGGCCACCUGAAAUAAGACAGCUAUUAACUAAUUAUGUAUGUUCCUAUUUUGACUACAAAUAAAAAAGGCUUUAUUGAU